AUUUAGUACUACUACCACUCCACAUCGAUUCUGUGUACACAGAGAAAGUGCACGUACGAUAACGUCCUCUCCGCUCCAAGAGAAAAGGCCGGUCAAUUUAAAGUUCGUCUCUUUUCCUCUUCAAAUUUUCAAAAAUCCUAAAACCCUAGAUUCGUCCACCCCUCUCACUCCUCCCUCGUCAAUGAUCCCUGGAAUCCCUGUCAAAAAAACCCCUCCUUUCCCCUCGAAUCCCGCUAGAAAAUUGAUUUCUUACAUCGAACAACACACCAAUCUUAUCUAGAAGCUCUCGAUUUUCAUAUCGAAUUUUUUUUUUGGAAAAUGAGUAGUAAGAGGGAAGAAGAGCGGAACGAGAAGGUAAUUAGGGGUUUAAUGAAGCUUCCCCCGAAUCGCAGAUGCAUUAACUGCAACAGCUUGGGACCUCAGUAUGUUUGUACAAACUUUUGGACAUUUGUCUGUAUGACGUGCAGUGGGAUACACCGUGAGUUCACCCAUCGUGUAAAGUCUGUAUCCAUGGCCAAGUUUACUUUCCAGGAAGUUGAAUCUCUUCAAAAAGGUGGUAAUCAGCGUGCAAGGGAAACUUUUCUGAAGGAUUGGGACUCGCAGAGGCAAAGACUGCCUGAUAGCAGUAAUGCUGAUAAAGUUCGGGAGUUUAUAAAGAAUGUAUAUGUGGACCGAAAAUAUGCUGGGGGAAAAACCUCUGACAAACCUCCAAGGGACAUGCAGGACAUUAGACACCAUGAAGAGGAGACACGACGAGCCAGUUCGUAUCACUCCUAUUCUCAAAGUCCACCGUAUGAUUAUCAGUAUGAAGAACGGCGGUAUGGAAAACAAGCCCCUGCACUUACAAGGAAGCCUGGUUCAGAUCGGGGCCUUUAUGAGGGGAGAAUCUCUAGUUUCUUCAGUCCUAGCCGUUUCAGUGACCAAAUGCAUGAGGACAGUUUUGCAAAUGAGGGAUCAAACCUCAGAGCUUCAGACUAUACUGUGUCUAGCCCUAGUGAUGCAUUCAGGUCUGAUACCCAGUCACCAAGUUUCCAAAGAAACAUUGGAUUCAGCAGUCCUCCUUAUCAAACUUCAAGAGACAUGCUAAAUGAACAAAUACCACGUCAAACUAUGAGAACAUUAUCGGAGUCGCAUGCCAUGGCAGAUGCAGACAAGGUUCACCGCCCACAGAGAACUGCAUCUCUGGGCAGCUUUGGGUCAUUUGACAGCAAUCCCAUGUCUCCCAAGUCAGUUAGUUUAGUGGAUGCUUCCUCAGAACCUGCAGUGUCUUGUGGGCACCACCAGUACGCUGUUCCCUCUCUACCACAAUCAUCAGUUUCUGGGAAUUUCGGUGGUUUGGACCUAUUUGAUGCACCGUUUGUGCCCCAACCCAUCACUUCGGCGUCAGCCGUUGACUUUUUUCAGUUGCCAGUGACAACAACAACUCCUCCAGUAGAUUUGUACCAGCCAUCUUCUAUUUCUUCAGCUCUGGUGUCACAUGCUCCACAACCAACCCAAACAACUCCAUCUUUAGACUUAUUCUCUGAUAUGCCUCAACAGCAGCCAGCUGCAAUCUUGACUAACAAAUCACCUGAUGUUACUCCAAAGGAUGAAGGAUGGGCGACAUUUGAUUUGCCUCAAUUUGUGGCACCAAAUCUUGGCAUUGAGGGUUCUACACCUGCAGUAGCACCUCCUACUGAUGAAGGAUCUCUGGGAAAGUUGCCAAGUACAACCCUGCAGUGGCCAGCAUUUCAAGAUAGUAAUGUCCAUGGGCCUUCAUCGGUCACUAAUCCGUGGGAUGAGGGUCUGAACAAUGUCCAAAUAUCCGAUAAUGUAUUGAACACUCAGUCAUGGAAUGCUUUUGAAGAUGCCAGUGGAAACCUACCUCUUGGGAGCAUUCACCAAAGUAGUGAAGGAUUAGCUUUGCACGUACAUUCUAGUACCACUGUGAAUCACCAUUUGGAUGACUUCAAUUGGGAUGGGAUUCAUGGAGCUGCUGUGGAUAUCGGACUUCCGAUUCCUAAUGUUCCAUUACAUAUCAAUGAACCAUCAUAUGCUUCAUCUUCAAUGGUUUGUAAGGUAGGAGAACAAUCCCAUGUGACUGACCACAAGUCUGGGAAUCCCUUUGAUCUUUCCUAUGGUUCUGACUUCGAAUCCAGCAGUAUGUUCUUGGACAUGAGUUCUUUGCAAGCUGCACUGCCAGGUGGUCAGAUUCCCAAUUCGUUCCUUGAUGAUGGUACUCAGCCAUGGCUUCCUCAAAAUCCCAUUCCACCUUUCAGUCCAGGUGUGCAGCGAGGUGCCUUAGGAUUCGUAGGAGGGCAAGCACCCAGCACUCAAAUGCCGAAUGUCCCAACGCAAGGCCCUCUUGCUUCCGUGGGCGGAAAUCCUUUCGCAUAGGGUGUCACUCAAUGUAAUCAUUAUUUUCAUUUGGGGUUACAAGUUUUCCUGUGAAUUGGUUCCCUAUCUCUUGGAUCAUAAUGCGUUUUUUUCUUGUUAUAAAUUCAUCUAUAUAUCCUGAAUAAAAUGUUGUUCCGAAAAGAUGGCUUUCAGUUUGCAAGUCCUCUGUACUCCAUAUAGUACUCUGCUCCAAAAUUAGGCCCCUGGUUUGACUCCAGAAUCUAGACUUUGUUCGUAUGUUCCAUCAACAUUGAAUUGGAUUCCACAUUUUGGGCCGUCUCGAGUCCUUGCA